CCCCUUUUUCAGCAGCCGCUCUUGAGCCUCGCGCUGGCGCGCCAGCGCGCCCGCCGGCGCCUUCCCCGGGCCGCGGCGCCGCGGCGCAUGAGCUUCUCCGCCAGGGACGAGCUCCUGCGGCGCGCCCUCCCCGGCCACGUUUACAGCGCGGGGGCGGAGAGCCCCACGGGGCCCGCCAGAUCUCCCGGGUCCCGAGGGGGCUCCCGAGGGGGAAACGGGUUCGUCCGCAGCGGCGCCGACUGGGUGCAGUCUGACAUACCGCUGCGCGUAGAGGUGCUGGAACACCUCUUCGAGGAGAGCAUCGUGCAGCAGCUGCAGCUGCAUCGCGCAGCAAGCAGCUGA